UUUUAUAAUCAUUGGAGUAACUUUUUAUAACUUUUGUUAUCCCCAGUUCAUUACUGGUUCCGCCAUGGGAAUUGUUAGUAGUGUAGAUACGCGACGAAUUAGUUUUGACAAUGAACUAGCAGAGACGCCAGCACUAAACAUUCAAAAUUCUAUGGAUGAUGAUGUUGAUGAUGUCCUACGUAUAGAAUCUAUCGAAAAGGAUAGUGAGUUAAACGUUAAAGAUGAAUUAAAAAGUAUUCAAGAAGGAGGGGAUAACGAAUAUUGGAAUCAGAGACUUGAAGCACUCAAAAAGGAGCACCAAUUAAUUAACAAAAUUGUUGAAUCAGAAUAUGAAAAAACAGUUGAACACGCAAAAAAAUACUACGAACCUCGUCCUACUUUAACGAUCGAGAAAAUUAAGAAAGUAAAACCUUGCUUGGACUGCCGGCUAAAAAUCAUGCAAUGUUACGAAGAAAAUCCGCAUCAGCCACUUGUAUGUUCAGAAGUUGUUCAAGCUUUUACAGAGUGUGUAGCUUCAUGCCGCACACCUGGGAACUAAAUUACAAAGGUUUUGUUAUUUGAAAAU